CAGCUGAUGCUUCUGAACGCACGAGCCGCCCUGUCCGUGUGUGUGUUCCACGAAGAAGAGAAUUUCAGCAUUGUUGAAGCAUUUUAUUUAUUGUUUAAACGACACAAUGGCUGAUGCGUGGGACAUAAAAGCGCUUAAGACGAAACGCAAUACAUUACGCGAAAAGUUGGAGAAGCGCAAAAAGGAACGUUUUGACAUACUGGCAGAUAAAAAUGAAGACUCUCAGUCAAAUAUUAAAAAAGAGCUUGUCGAGGCAGAUGUGGAAGUGGAGAAGGCUGUGUUGCAGACUUUAAGUUCCAGCACGUUAGUGCUGCCUAUUGUGUCUACACAGGUUGUGGACAAAGUUGCCGGAAAUCUUGAGAAGCCACCAUCAAUGGAGAUGGUUAACUAUAUACUCGGAAAGUUAGCAAAUCAAGGAGCUAUAAGUAUUAAAAACGUCACCAUAGGCACAGACGCAGGCUGUGAGGUCAUAUCAGUGGAGACAAAGGAACUGUUAGAGAUCUACAAUGAAUUUGUCACCGACAAUUGCGCCCACAAAGAGGAUAGCAAGCGCAAACUAGACGAAGAGGACGCGGACUAUGAUAAACAGCAAAGGAAAACACUUAAAGCCGAUGCAAACGCAGCACGUAAAGAGUCUACAAGUCUAGAUGCGUCCGAUGAUAUUAUGUCUCUGCUAUCAAUGCCCUCGACACGCGAGAAGCAAAGCAAACAAGUGGGAGAGGAGAUCCUGGAGUUGCUCACAAAACCAACUGCCAAGGAGCGAUCCGUUGCAGAGAAAUUCAAAUCGCAUGGUGGUGCUCAGGUGAUGGAAUUCUGUUCUCAUGGCACCAAAGUGGAAUGUCUAAAAGCGCAACAAGCGACUGCCGAAAUGGCGGCCAAGAAGAAGCUGGAACGGCGGGAGGAGAAACAGCUAUGUAACGAUGCGGAUGGUGUCAGUUCCUUGUCAAACAAUAGCAAGCUGAUGAAAAGCACCUCCACUGAAAUGGGCACCACAGAUUCCGGUGCCGAAGAUGGUGAAAUCAUAACCGAAGCACUUAAUAAUUGUGAGGGUGAAUCCCAGCCCUCGACAGAUGACAGUGAAAUCAGCGGCGACACAGACAAAUGCACCAAGCUCCAUUUUAAAAAGAUCAUUCAAGCACACACAGACGAAUCGCUGGGCGAUUGCAGUUUCCUAAAUACAUGUUUUCACAUGGCCACCUGCAAAUAUGUGCACUACGAGGUGGAUACAUUACCGCAUAUAAACACCAAUAAGCCGACUGAUGUCAAAACUAAGCUCAGUCUAAAGCGAAGUGUGGACUCAAGUUGCACCCUAUAUCCCCCUCAAUGGAUUCAGUGUGAUCUGCGUUUUCUCGAUAUGACUGUACUGGGGAAAUUUGCUGUUGUCAUGGCCGAUCCGCCUUGGGAUAUACACAUGGAACUGCCUUACGGGACCAUGUCUGAUGAUGAAAUGCGCGCAUUAGGCGUGCCUGCGUUGCAGGACGAUGGGCUCAUUUUCCUUUGGGUUACAGGACGCGCCAUGGAAUUGGGCCGAGAAUGCCUUAAACUCUGGGGGUAUGAACGUGUCGACGAACUCAUUUGGGUAAAGACAAAUCAGCUGCAGCGCAUCAUACGAACCGGGCGUACAGGGCAUUGGCUGAACCAUGGCAAGGAGCAUUGUUUGGUUGGCAUGAAGGGCAAUCCCACCAAUUUAAACCGUGGCCUAGACUGUGAUGUCAUUGUGGCGGAAGUGCGCGCAACUUCACAUAAGCCCGAUGAAAUUUAUGGCAUUAUUGAACGUCUUAGUCCAGGAACGCGCAAAAUCGAGCUUUUUGGUCGACCGCACAAUAUACAACCAAAUUGGAUAACGUUGGGCAAUCAGUUGGACGGCAUACGUCUUGUCGAUCCGGAGCUGAUAACGCAAUUUCAAAAGCGUUAUCCGGAUGGAAAUUGUAUGUCGCCAGCGGCAGCGAAUACCGCCACAAUUAGUACCAUAAAAACAUAACUCGUACUUAAAGUUAAGCAUAAAGUAUUGAACAAAAAUCUUAUACAAAUUGGGAUUAAACAUGAGUGUGUUCAGAGGAUUUUUAUAAUCGUUUA